AUGUCGUAUUUCUCCAGCGAUUGUUUUCAUUACAGCAAGAAAGGUCACAUCACCGUGGCCAAAAGUUUGUGGAGGAACAUGCUGGAGCCUAUCCAAGACAAGUCGACGUCCAUUGACUGGUUCCAAGACACGGCAUGCCCUAGAGAGGACCACCCCUACCUGUACACAAGAAAGAACAGCCAGAAGCAGACGCAGUCCCACGUGAUGCAGCUGGAGGAGAAGGAGGUCUCCCUGGUGUGGCUGCCCGUCCUGGUCAUGUCAGCCCUGGGGGCGGUCGGGCUGGGCUGUCUGCUGUACGUCAAGAGACGACGUGACCAGGCCAGGUACCUGGAGCUCAAGUAG